CACUCCGCGAAAACGUCAACAAGACAAUCUGUGUUUUAUUAAUUUUACCUGUAUGAACUGUUUUUUUCUGUUAAAUAUAUAGUACGCGUUCAACAUUCAAAAAUGUUGACAAAAUUUGAAACAAAAUCCGCCCGAGUCAAGGGCCUUUCCUUCCACCCAAAAAGGCCAUGGAUCUUGGCCAGUUUGCACAACGGCUGCAUCCAGCUCUGGGAUUAUCGCAUGUGCACAUUGCUUGAAAAAUUCGACGAACACGACGGCCCCGUACGCGGAAUCUGUUUCCACAACCAACAACCCCUGUUCGUGUCUGGCGGAGACGAUUACAAAAUCAAGGUAUGGAACUACAAGCAGAAACGUUGCAUUUUCACGCUGCUGGGCCAUUUGGAUUACAUCCGAACCACUAUGUUCCACCACGAGUAUCCGUGGAUCGUUUCCGCGUCCGACGAUCAAACCAUAAGAAUCUGGAACUGGCAAAGCAGGACAUGUAUCUGUGUUCUGACUGGUCACAAUCACUAUGUAAUGUGUGCCACGUUCCACCCCAGUGAAGACCUGCUUGUGUCCGCCUCCUUGGACUCAACAGUCAGAGUAUGGGACAUAUCUGGACUGAGGAAAAAGAAUGUUGCCCCAGGUCCUGCUGGGCUGGAGGAACACCUGAAAAAUCCAGGCUCAACAGACCUGUUUGGACAGGCUGAUGCUGUAGUUAAGCAUGUACUUGAAGGACAUGACAGGGGAGUAAACUGGGCUUCUUUCCACCCAACUUUACCAUUAAUUGUGUCAGGGGCAGACGAUAGGCAAAUCAAACUGUGGAGGAUGAAUGAUUCCAAAGCAUGGGAGAUCGAUACAUGCAGAGGACAUUACAACAAUGUAUCCUGUGUGCUCUUCCAUCCUAGGCAAGAGCUCUUACUAUCCAACAGUGAGGAUAAGAGCAUAAGAGUUUGGGAUAUGACCAAAAGAACUUGUUUGCACACCUUCAGGAGAGAACAUGAGAGAUUCUGGGUGAUGACUUCCCACCCCAACUUAAACUUGUUCGCGGCCGGUCACGAUUCCGGUAUGGUCAUAUUCAAGCUCGAAAGAGAAAGACCCGCCUACACUGUCCAUGGCAAUUUGUUAUAUUAUGUAAAAGAGAGGUUCUUGAGGAAAUUGGACUUCACAACCGCCAAAGACGUAGCAGUAAUACAAAUCAGAGGUGGGGGCAAGGUCCCAGUUUUCAAAAUGUCCUUCAACCCAGCAGAAAAUGCCGUCUUGUUGUCGAACAGGCUGUCAAACUUGGACAACAGCACCUAUGAUCUGUACACAAUCCCCAAAGAUUUGGAAAGGGACGACUCCGUGCCGGAGGUCGAGAGCAAGAGAUCAUCGGGUUUGACCGCCCUGUGGGUGGCCAGAAAUAGGUUCGCCGUGCUUGACAGGUCGCAUCAAUUGGUUAUCAAGAAUUUGAAGAAUGAGGUCACCAAGAAAGUGCAAACUCCUCCAUGCGAUGAGGUAUUUUAUGCUGGCACUGGUAUGUUACUCCUCAGAGAUGCUGAGCAUGUUACCCUGUUUGAUGUGCAGCAAAAGAGGACACUUGCCCAAGUGAAGAUUAACAAGUGCAGAUAUGUUGUUUGGAGCUCAGACAUGAGUUAUAUAGCACUAUUGGCCAAGCACAAUGUCACAAUUUGCAACAGGAAGUUGGAUGUCUUGUGCAAUUUGCAUGAGAACACCAGGGUGAAAUCUGGAGCUUGGGAUGAUUCAGGCGUUUUCAUUUACACCACCAGUAAUCACAUUAAAUACACUUUAACCAAUGGUGAUCACGGAAUAAUCCGCACUUUGGACUUGCCGAUUUACAUUACACGUGUGAAAGGUAGUCAAGUUUUCUGUCUGGACCGGGAAUGUAAACCACGCGUUUUGACUGUGGACCCGACUGAAUACAAGUUUAAACUUGCCCUCAUCAACCACAAGUACGAGGAAGUGUUGUACAUGGUUCGCAAUUCACGGCUGGUCGGUCAGUCGAUCAUCUCCUAUUUGCAACAGAAAGGUUACCCUGAAGUCGCCUUGCAUUUCGUAAAAGACGACAAAACCAGAUUCACAUUGGCUUUGGAGUGCGGUAACAUCGAAAUCGCCCUAGAGGCCGCCAAAUCCCUCAACGACAAGUCAUGUUGGGAUGAACUGGCGCAAGCUGCACUUUGGCAGGGCAACCACCAAGUGGUGGAGAUGUGCUACCAACGCACAAAAAGCUUCGACAAAUUGUCGUUUUUGUAUUUAAUCACCGGCAACUUGGAUAAACUUGUUAAGAUGACCAAAAUCGCGGAAAUCCGCAAGGCCAGGUCGUCUCAAUAUCACGGUGCUCUUUUACUCGGCGAUUUGAAGGAAAGAGUGAAAGUUUUAAAGGAAUCCAAACAGUAUGCGUUGGCUUAUCUGACGGCUGCAACUCACGGAAUGGACGAAGAAGCCGAACUAUUGAAGGUACAAAUAGGAGACGACAAAAAACUGCCUGAUGUUGAUCCCAACGCCGUUUUCUUGAAACCACCGCCACCUGUUCAGCAAGCCGAAUCCAACUGGCCACUAUUGACAGUCACAAGGAGUUUCUUCGAAAACACCGCUGCAGCAGCCGUCAACCCGAACAUGAAGUCCUUGAUGGCGGAACCAGUCGCAGACAUGGAGAUGGAAGACGCAGGCGGUUGGGGCGACGACGACGAUGUGAUCGCCGACACGGAAGCGAAAGCAACCGCGAUCGACGCUUCGGGUGACGGGGAAGGCGGAUGGGACGUCGAGGAUGCUGAUCUGGAGAUUCCAGAUUUGGGACCUACUGAAACUGUCGCCACUGAUAAUUACGUGCAUUUGCCCACCAAGGGUGUUUCACCCACUUUGACUUGGACGAAAAAUUCGCAACUGGUUGCCGAUCACGUUGUUGCGGGUUCGUUUGAAACUGCUGCGAGAUUACUGCAUGACCAAGUUGGAGUCGUCAAUUUCAAACCCUAUGAGGCUCUUUUCACCCAACUCUACAGUAGUUCCAGAACCGUUUCAACUUGGCAAGGCAAUUUGCUGCCUACUUUCAGCUAUCCAUUGAGGAAUUGGAAAGAAUCUGGUCCUAAAGGAGGUCUUCCUAGUGAAGGGGUCAAACUUAAUGAUCUUGUGUCAAAACUACAAGUGUGCUAUCAAUUAACAACAGGAGGUAAAUUCACAGAAGCAAUUGAAAAACUGCACACGUUACUGCUCUCAGUUACGUUGCUGGUAGUCGAAAACAAACAAGAGAUUUCCGAGGCACAACAAUUAUUGCGCAUUUGCAGCGAAUACAUCUGCGGCCUGGAGAUGGAAACGCUGCGCAAAUCUCUGCCGAAGGCGACAGCCGAAGACCAAAAACGACAAUGUGAAAUGGCUGCGUACUUCACACAUUGCAAACUCCAGCCAAUCCAUCAAAUACUUACCUUGAGGACAGCAUUGAACAUGUUCUUCAGAGUUAAGAACUACAAAACAGCCGCGUCUUUGGCGAAGAGGUUGUUGGAACUCGGACCACGUCCAGAGGUUGCGCAACAAGCCAGAAAAAUCUUGCAAGCCUGCGACUCGAAUCCGACGAAUGAAUUGCAGUUGAACUACGACGAGCACAAUCCGUUUGCUCUCUGUGGUUAUUCGUACACCCCGAUUUACAGGGGAAAGCCCGAGGAGAAAUGUCCGUUGUGUCUGGCGUCCUACUUGCCCAAGUACAAGGGUUGCGUAUGUAAUGUCUGCAAAGUUGCCGAAAUUGGAAAGGACACUAUUGGCUUAAGAAUCAGUUUGCAUCAAUUUAGAUAAGUUUAUUAACCUUGUAUUAGUUUUAUAUUUUAUCUAUUAUGUAUUGUAGGAUUAAGCAUACAUGUAUUAUAUAAUAAAAAUCAUUCUAUUCCAUUCAGUU